AUGGCAAAUAUCACCGAUAAAAUAUACAGAAACGACAAUUCCAUCUUUGAGGAUAUUGAAAUGGAUAUAAACGAGCUCGGGUUAUGUAGAUUACAUGAAGAAGGUGAAGGUCAUGUGACACAAGGAAUUGAUAGCCAACAAGUUGAAGAUAUGCAUGAAUUGACAACCGAAGAUGAUCAAGAAAUGGCAAUGAGUCCACAAUCUCAAGAUGAACGGGAGGUAAGAAUCCCAUUUGUUGGUAUGGAGUUCGAGGAUGAGGAUGCAGCAUUUCAAUAUUACUUGGAUUAUGCAAAGUCCAAAGGUUUUGGGGUAAGAAAGGGCCAUGUGUAUCGUUCAUCAAGUUCUCAAGUGAUUACUUGUCGACACUUUGUUUGUGAUAAGGAAGGAGCUAAAUCUAUGUUAGACAAAAGACAACUAGGAAAAACUGUACGAAGGCGUAGAGAUACAAGAACAAAUUGUGAAGCUCGAAUGGUAGUGUCAAAAAUGAAGAGUGGACGAUGGACCAUAAAGACGUUUGAUGAUGUGCAUAAUCAUGUUUUACUAACAACUCCAUCUAAGUAUGAUAAGGCUUUGGUUGCUCGACGAAAUGAUGAAGAAAAUGAAGACUUCAAAAUGUUGGACUCUAUAGCUAAUUACUACACAAGUCAUCAAAUUGAGAAGCAUGCAGGAGAAGUGUAUACAAGAGCUAUGUUUAAUAUCUUUCAAGUAGAAUUGCGAGAAAGUGAUAGUUUGCUUGCCGAAUGUAUUCGAAAUGGGUCUCAAAAUGCAAAAUAUAUAAUUUGUAAUCAAACUGAUGUGUUUAGCAAAGAUUGUAGUGAAAAUGGGGAGCCUUCGGCAACGUGCUCUUGUAAGAAGUUUGAGAUAGAAGAUGUUUGGAACAAGCUUCUUUAUGCUCACAUUUUCUCAAAGCAUGCAGAAGAGUGA